AUGUCUUUGGUCCGAAGCUUCAGCAUGCGUGUGGCAGAGGAGACGGAUGAAGAUGGAUCAGAUGGCACGCUCCGAACCUUGGUGGCGGAAGAAUUUCGGCACGCCGACCGCGAAGAGCCUCGCUGGCAAAAGUACUUUGAGCCUUGGACUCCUACAACAUCAAAUAAUGAAGUCCAGAAGUUGUUCAAUGACCAAGCCGUCGAACUCAGCAAGCAAUGGACCAGAUUUCGCGACAAAGUGCCAGACGAGGCGAAAUACCGACGCUGGGCUCAUCGCGCUCCCUCCUUGAACGAUGUAAAGCAAGUGAUGCAAGACGUUGAUCAAUCCUUCCACCAAAAGCGUAAGAGUGGUGCCACGGGCUUCAUCACGUCCCACUACAGCAGGGCCUGUGUGUUCAUCAAGGAGCAUGAGGGUAUGCUGAAGGUCAUACCUCAGGGUAGUGAGUACGUGUCGUUGAUCAGCGGUGUUCUCACCUCUAUUGUGUUUGCAACAGCUAGAUAUGAGGAGGUGUCCACCGGUCUGUCCAAACUGAUUGCAGACAUCAGCGAGGAUGUCGCAAUGUGCGUCCAGGUCUUGGAUGUAUACCAAACAGCCGCAAUCAAGACUCAGAUCAUGGCGCUCUACGGACGAAUGUUCAAGUUCUUGGCUUCCGUGCUGGAUUGGUACUUGGAGAAAUGGUACAAAAGAAUGCUGAAAUCCUUCAAGGAGAAUCUCUACGACGACUUCAAAGACCAGAUCACCGACAUGCAGAGAUGUGUACAGUCCAUCAAAGACCAAGUGAUGCUCGGCCAGUCCGCGGAGCUUCGUAGCGUGAGACUGACCGCGGAGAAGACGCAGCAAAUCAUCAUGAAGGAAGUGGCAAAGGAUUUGUUGAGCCUUGCUCGGAACGAGAUGGUAUACUUUCGAGAGGAGAACAAACGAUUUCAGGAAAUGCAAGAGCGUAAAGCGCUCACUUCACAAGAGGAGCAAUUCCGUCGCAAUGCCGAGCUCAAGUUUGAUGUCACCCGUUUCAUUCAAGCAACAUUGCAGGAGAAGGCGGACAAUUUGCUCUUGUUCCAAGAAGAUCAUCGCCCAAUGUCCCGACAUGGAUUCAUCAUGGACGCAUCACCAUCUGCCUCGCUGAUGGAGGAUCCUUCUGAACAUGGUGGCGUCCGUCGCAGCCGAGAAGACAUACUCCUCUCCUCCGCCAGUCUAGAAGACUUUUUCGACCGUGACAAUGUUCGGAUUCCAUGGAACCCAGAUCUCGCGACUCUCCCGGCCGAAGCAACAGAUCGACUUCAACAAUGGAUCAUGUCCAGGGGAUCAAACAUCCUAUCGCUGGCGAGUUCAGAUGCCUACUCGCCGCUCUCCGACGUCGCAGCAGGGGUUAUUGAGCUCAUCGACAAGGCCAAAUUACCCAUCAUAUCUUACUUUUGUACUCUGGAUCGAGAAGCCAGCACUCAAGACGGCGAGACUCGAGAAACUCGUGCAGCAACAAGCCUUGUCUACGCUCUGAUUCGCCAAGCAUUCGAACUCCUUCCAGCCGUCUUCUCCUCUUCAAAAGACUUCAGCCCGGAGAGGUUCCGCUCCCUGGACGGCGAUAUCGAGACCUUUGAAGCAGGACUCGGGCUUCUUCACGACGGUCUCUCGCAAGCACCUCCAGCUCUAUACUGCGUCAUCGAUGGUCUGCAAUGGCUGGACGAUCGCUCCACGGAUCAAAUGAUGGAUUCUCUGGUGCGGGCACUACAGGAUUACGCGCUUCAAAGCAGUGGGCUUGGGAUUGCGUUCAAAUUGCUGCUCACUACAGCUGGACCUGCUCGCAGUCUUCUGAGAAGUAGUCUAGAUCGGAGGGAGUGUUAUACUUUGGAGGGCGGAUCGCAACCACUUGCUAUGUGGUAA